AUGUAUGGAGCAACAACAGGUUCUAAGAAAGGAAAAAAUUUAACAUCGUAUGAUUUAAAAAGUUUAGAUUUACAAACUAAACCAAUUUCAUUACAUAAAUUAGAAAUGAUGACGAAUUUUACACGAAAAGAAUUACAAUUAUUAUAUCAAGGAUUUAAACAUAUUUGUCCUUCAGGUGUUGCCAGUAAAGAAUCUUUCAUAGGAGUAUAUAGAAGAUUUUUUCCUAAUCGUGCAUCUAGUGCUUAUGCUCAAUUAUGCUUUCGAGUUUUUGAUCAAUGUCAAACAGGACAAUUAACAUUUGAGCAAUUUGCCUGUGGUCUAUCACAAUUAGCAAAAGGUUCAAAUUUAGAUAAAAUUAAAUGGAUAUUUAGUUUAUAUGAUAUUAAUGGAGAUGGUUAUAUAAGUAGAUCAGAAUUGAAAGAAGUUAUACAAGCUAUUUAUGAUUUACUUGGUGAUAAACUACUCACUGGUAACAUUGUACAAGCUAUUGAAGAUAGAGUCAAUACAAUGUUUAAUAAAUAUGAUCUUGAUCAUGAUGGUAAAAUAUCAAAAGAUGAAUUUUUUAGUGUUUCUACACAAGAUCCUGAUUUUAUAGCAAAUUUAAGUUUAUUCGAUACAGUCACUUAAUCAAUAUGGAAGAUAUAAAACUAUUAUGAUCUUUAAAUGAUCAUUAUCAUAUUAAUCAAUCAAUAGGAAACACUUAUAAAAUGAUACAAUGUAAAUAUCAAAAUAUGAAGUGAUUAGAAUAAAACAUGGAACAGUGAAUGACCCCCCUCCCCACUGCCACCCAAAAAGAAAAUUAUUCUUUCAGACAUUGAUACACUAUUACAUCAGAUUACAGACUACACUAUGGUUAUAUUACAUAAUCAAAUAAUAUUUCAACUUACUUAGUUGAAUGCCGAAUCUUUUCUUUUCUUUUCAUGAUUUCGUCAAUGUUUCAUGUAAUUGAAUGAAGAGAAAAAAAAUUAUUUUAUGAAAA